AUGGCUGUGUGGCAAGGAAACAUGCUUACCUCCCAUGUCGCAGCAGAUAGUGUUUCACCAGAUUCACUCUCUUUUAGCGGCCUUGUUUCUAUCCAAGGGCAAUCAAUGCUCCCUUCUCCUAACCAUGCCAAAUACUACCAGGAAAGCAAGCAAAACCCAGAAUUUGAAUUUAGCAGCACUAAACCAGACUUAAAUUCCACAGUCGAUGCAAUCAAGAUCAUACCUGCUGAUCUUCUUAUUUCCAAUGGUCAACUUCAACCACAAGCAUUUUCAAGUCAGUCUUUGAUCAGAAAUCAAUCUAGUUCUUUAGGCUCAUUACUAGCAACUCAUAGCAGUAGUAAGAUGUCAAGUGGGAAAACAGGCAGCGUAAUGAAACAUCAGGAACAACAUAGCAAAGCAAGCAGACAUAAAACCAACGAAAGCACCACAAGGAGAAGAUUUGGCCAAAAAAUGAAGUGCUUUCUUUCACCAUGCCGAGACUCGCAAGCCAUUAAGCCAACUGUUGCUAAAGCACAAUCCAUUCCAGAAAUUUGA